AUGGCGAGUAACAAGCCGGGACAAUCGAAUAAUGUGAAGGUAAUGGUAAAACUUCGCCCUUUAAUAGGACGUGAGAUUGAAAGCAACGAAAAAAUUUGUUGGGAAAAAGUUUCGGACAACGAAAUUGUCGAAUUGGAUGCCACAACUCCGAGUAAACCGUGCAUUUAUGAUCAUGUCUUUGGAGGUGCGGAUUCGACACAAUCGCUUUACGAAAUGGCAAUUUCCCAAAUUGUGGACUCGUGUGUGCAAGGUUUUAAUGGCUCCGUGAUGGCUUACGGGCAAACAGCGUCCGGGAAAACCUACACAAUGAUGGGAAAUGACAAAAAUAAGGGAAUUAUUCGACUUGUGGCCGAAAAUAUUUUUGAUAUUGUCGAAAAACAUGAUGACAGAGACAUUUAUAUGGUGCGAUGUUCGUUUCUGGAGAUUUAUAAUGAGAAAAUUAAUGAUUUGCUGGCGCCUGAGAAGACAAAUUUGGAAGUUUUUGAAACGCAGGAUGGAGCAGUGAUGAUAAAAGAGGCAACGGAAAAAGUUGUGAGGAAGGCGACGAAUGUGCUGGAUUUGAUUGAACAAGGAAAUGCGACGAAACGGAUGGGAGAAACGGCGAUGAAUGAUAGAUCUUCGCGGUCGCAUACGAUUUUUCGAAUUAUGAUCGAAUCUCAAGAGCAACACGAAGAAGGCUCAUCCAUCAAAAUGGGCAUUUUAGACCUUGUCGAUCUCGCUGGAUCUGAAAGUGUCAACAAAACAAACGCCACAGGAGAUCGUCUCAAGGAAGGAAUCUCCAUAAACAAGUCACUUUUGGAACUGGGACGUGUCAUCAAAGAACUUUCUGAGAAAAAAGAGGGCGAAGACAAGUUCAUCGUGUUCCGAAACUCCAAACUAACUCGAGUCAUCCAACAUUCCUUGGGCGGAAAUGCCAAAUCUGUCGUUAUUUGUACUGUCAGUCCUGCUGAAAGAGAAGAAACUCGAAAUACUUUGAGAUUCGCUUCUCGUGCUAAAAACGUCAAAAACACGCCCAAACUGAACGAAAUCCUCUCAGACCAAGCGAUGAUCAAGCGUUUGAACCAAAAAAUCACCGGAUUACGAAAACAAAUUGCCGAAAUGGCACGUCAAAGUGCCGGCGUUGGUCACACUGCCGAAUCCAUGCGACAAGACAUCAUCGAUCGCAUUGAACGAUAG